AUGAUAGAUGUUAAUCAAGAUAAUGGUGAUGAUGAUGAUGAUGAUGAUGAUCGAACAGAAGCUUAUACACCACCACCACUUGAUAUAACGAAUGAUUUAAAUAAUACUAAUGAAAAAGAAAAUAAUUAUCAAGAUACAAGUUCAAUCAAACAACAAUCAAUUAUAAUAUUAGAUGAUAGUUUAGAUCAAGUAACAACUACAAAACAAAUUGAUUAUGAGCCAAUCGAUAAUAGAUUAAAUGAUGAAGAACAUUUAAAACUUUAUUCUAUACCUGAUAUUGAUGUACCUCCUUCUCCUUCACGAGAUAUUAUUUUAUCUCCAAAUAAACAAAUUUCUACAACAACUGAAAAUAAUAUUCUUGAUAUUUUAACA